AUGUAUGUGAAAUGGUUUGAUACAGUAAUGUUUUACUAUGUGAUUUUAGUGUAUUUAGUGAAUGUCACUUUUUCACAUUUUUAAAUUUCCCGCUGUUCCAUCCCCGUACGUCCUGACGUCGCAGGGAAUGGAACCCAGAGACAGAUGCCGGCAUCAGCCAGAGGACAUUGCCGGGGACACUGCAGGGGGGACAUAGCGGGAGCAAAGGACAAGGUAAGUGAAGAGGAGAGAUCCUGAAGCAGCGCUGCAAUGUAUUCCCGAGUGUAGCUCGGGGUUACCGCUUGUGCUACACUCGGGAAUACCUCCAGGGAGGUUA